AGGUAAUGAAUGUGAAAAUUUAUUUAAUUUAAUUAUUUUAUAGAAUAUCAUUUUAAAUGUAAAUAGAACCCACAUACCCAUAAAUAGAUAUUAAAGAAUUUAAAGCUUUUGCAGUUUGGAGAUGGAAGGCUGAAGAGGUAAUGAAAACAAUUUAAAAUUAAAGUUGAAUUAAAAUUGCUGUUCAUGCAGAAAAUUAAUGACAGAGCCAUGUAUUGAUUGUGAAGUGAUAAAUGAUUAGAUGGAAAAUCAAUCUAAAUGUAUAGCUGUUUAGAGUGGAAAUUGUGGUCAUGCAUUACAUAGGCAUUGUAUUCGUAAAUGGAUUCAAACCAAAAGCUAAGGAGGUACUUAAGGUACUUGUCCAAUGUGUGAUUUAACUUGGGAAAUCACAAAUGAAGUUGAGUUAUAGAAUUGAUAUCGUU